AUGGCCUCGCUCGGUGAAGACUUGCUCGGAGUCGUCAACAAGCUCCAGGAUCUUGUCUUUAACACGAUCGGAAAUGACUCGUUGGACUUGCCUCAGAUUGUAUGCACACUACGCCAAACCUCGGUACGGCAAGCUGACAGCCACAGGNUCGUUGUAGGUUCGCAAUCUUCAGGAAAAUCCUCAGUACUGGAAAACAUUGUUGGUCGCGACUUUCUUCCAAGAGGAAGCGGCAUCGUCACUCGUCGACCUCUUAUCCUGCAACUCAUCAACGUCCCCAGCAAUUCCGACAGACCCGAAGGCGAUGAGAUCCACGUGCCACACACUCCAGCCUCUGUCGCUGGUCAAGAUGAAUGGGGAGAGUUCAACCACAUCCCAGGCCGUCGUUUCUACGAUUUUGGUGAGGUCAAGAGAGAGAUUGAGAACGAGACGGCCAGAAUUGCUGGCAACAACAAGGGUAUCAACCGUCAGCCCAUCAACCUGAAGAUCUACUCGCCCCAUGUUCUCAGUCUGACUCUGGUCGAUUUGCCUGGUCUCACAAAGGUUCCGAUUGGCGACCAGCCUGGCGAUAUCGAGAAGCAAACCCGCAACCUGAUCACCGAGUACAUCGCAAAGCCCAACAGUAUCAUCCUCGCUGUCUCUCCCGCAAACGUCGAUCUGGUCAACUCCGAGGCGCUCAAGCUGGCCCGUCAUGUCGACCCCAUGGGAAGACGUACCAUUGGUGUUCUGACAAAGCUGGACUUGAUGGAUCACGGAACAAACGCCAUGGACAUUCUUUCUGGUCGCGUGUACCCCUUGAAGCUGGGCUUUAUUGGAGUUGUCAACCGUUCCCAGCAAGACAUUCAGGGCAACAAGUCGCUUUCGGAUGCCCUCUCUGCCGAGAGAGACUUCUUCCGCACACACCCCGCCUACCGCAACAUGGCCACCCGUUGUGGCACCCAAUACCUUGCAAAGAGCCUCAACACCACCUUGAUGGGCCACAUCCGUGAGCGUCUGCCCGACAUCAAGGCUCGUUUGAACACUCUGAUGGGCCAAACCCAACAAGAAUUGGCCAGUUACGGUGAUGUUGCCUUCGCUGGCAAGGAGCACCGUGGCUCGCUUGUUUUGCAGCUCAUGACCCGUUUUGCUACUUCCUUCAUGUCAUCCAUCGAUGGUACAUCUUCCGAGAUCUCGACCAAGGAGCUUUGCGGUGGUGCCAGGAUCUACUAUAUCUUCAACUCUGUUUUCGGCAACUCUCUGGAGACUAUUGACCCAACAACCAAUCUCUCUGUUCUGGAUAUUCGCACUGCAAUCCGUAACUCGACCGGUCCUCGUCCCAGUCUAUUCGUCCCCGAACUCGCUUUCGACCUUCUGGUGAAGCCUCAGAUCAAGCUGCUCGAGGUUCCUAGUCAGCGUUGUGUUGAGCUGGUUUACGAAGAGUUGAUCAAAAUCUGUCACAGCUGCGGCUCAUACGAAUUGUCGAGAUACCCUCGCCUACAAGCGAAGCUGAUCGAAGUUGUUUCGGAUCUGCUCAGAGAAAGACUGGGUCCUUGCUCGCACUACGUCGAGUCGCUCAUCUCUAUCCAGCGCGCAUACAUCAACACCAACCACCCCAACUUCCUUGGCGCAGCAGCUGCCAUGAACUCUGUCAUUAACGACAAACAAGAAAGGAGAAGGCUCUGGCAGCCGCAGAAGAGAAGAGAAAGAAGGAGGAAAAGCAGAAUGACGCUGCUGCUGGCGGCANAAUCCGCAACCCUUCCUAUCCGCAGUCAUCUCAGCAAGGCCAGCCGUAGUAUGUCACCUGCUGUUGGUCGCGCUGGUAUGAGUGGUGCAAACGGCGCAAGAGCAGGCUCGCCGCCAAGAUUCGCAGGAGCCGGAGGAACUGCUAGAGACAGUUUCCUUAACUACUUCUUCGGCAAGGAUGGUGGUCUCCCGCCGUCAAACGGUUUCCCUGGCAACAGCAUGUCUUCCUCAAACCUCCCAGCCGGCAGCAGACAUGUUAGCGCAAACAUUGAGCCUAGCUUCGCGGGUAGUAUUCGCAGAGGCGAUACAAAACUCCCCGAGCGACCCUUGUCAUCGCACAUUUCCGUUCCUGGUGAAUACGACUCGGAAGAGGUUGACAGUGGAUACCCGCUAGCAGAUGAAGGCCCAGCGCUCACUGAGCGAGAAGCUCUCGAGACCGAAUUGAUUCGUCGUCUGAUAUCAUCAUACUUCAACAUUGUACGAGAGACCAUUGCCGACCAAGUUCCCAAAGCCGUCAUGCACCUGCUCGUCAACCACUCAAAGGAAGUCGUGCAAAACAGACUGGUCAGCGAGCUUUACAAGGAGGAGCUGUUUGGAGAACUCUUGUACGAAGACGACGCCAUCAAGAGCGAGCGCGAGAAGUGUGAGAAGUUGCUUUCCACCUACAAGGAGGCUGCCAAGAUUAUCGGAGAAGUUUUGUAA